UAUCACUUUGAAAGGUCAUGGGUAACUGAUAACGUUUAUCUGCAUAGUUAAGAAAACAUUUUCUUCAGUGGAAAUGAGCUAGAGGAAGUGGAAUGAGUGAAGGAAGUAAGCUAGAUAGCAUCAGAUAACAGUUAUUUUUAUUAAAUUGUAUACGUUAUACAUUAAUCAGAUUGAAUACACAAAUUAUGUUUCAUUUUGGAAAGUUGACCCUUUACAAGAGUCAGUUAACCUCGUAUGCUCGACAUUCACAUCAGUUAGCACUGCAAAACAACAGGAUUAGCAAGAUUCUGAUAGCAAACAGAGGGGAGAUAGCAUGUCGUAUAGUGAAAACUGCCAAGAAGCUUGGUGUGAAGACUGUGGCUGUCUACAGCGAGGCAGACAGGAAUUCUAUGCACGUGGAGCAAGCUGAUGAAGCUCAUUACAUUGGCCCUGCUCAAUCUAGUCAGAGUUACUUACGACAGGACAAAAUUAUAUCUGUUGCCAAACAAGCAAAGUGUGAAGCUAUACAUCCAGGAUAUGGAUUUCUUUCAGAAAAUACAGAAUUUGCAGAGCUAUGCCAGAAGGAGAAUAUCAUAUUUAUUGGCCCACCUGCCAAUGCCAUUCGAGAUAUGGGUAUAAAGAACACUUCCAAAGCUAUUAUGACAAAAGCUGGAGUGCCUAUCAUAGAAGGAUAUCAUGGGGAGGAUCAGACAAAUGAAACACUGUUAGCAGAAGCCAAAAAGAUUGGAUUUCCAUUGAUGAUUAAAGCUGUGCGUGGUGGUGGUGGGAAAGGUAUGAGAAUUGCUCCAAAGGAAUCGGAUUUUGCCGAAGCACUGGAAUCAGCAAGAACGGAGUCUGAGAAAGCAUUUGGAGAUUCAGCAGUGCUUUUAGAAAAAUAUGUUGUUGAACCCAGGCAUGUGGAAGUGCAAGUUUUUGCCGAUAAACAUGGAAAUGCUGUUUAUCUGUUUGAAAGAGACUGUUCUGUACAAAGGAGACAUCAAAAAGUGAUUGAAGAAGCGCCUGCUCCUGGUAUUUCCCAGAAACUCAGGCAGGAAUUGGGAGAAGCUGCUGUGCGUGCCGCUAAAGCUGUAGGAUACGUGGGUGCUGGAACGGUUGAAUUUAUAAUGGAUCGGCACAAUCAUAGUUUCUAUUUUAUGGAGAUGAAUACGCGACUUCAAGUAGAGCAUCCAGUCACAGAAGCAAUCACUGGUUUGGAUCUGGUUGAAUGGCAAUUGCGAGUGGCAAGCGGCGAAGAACUUCCACUGAAACAAGAGCAGAUUGUUCUUAAUGGCCAUGCAUUUGAAGCGAGAAUUUAUGCUGAGAAUCCAAGGAAUGGUUUCCUACCAGGAGCUGGUCAACUUUCAUACUUAAGACCUCCUCAAGUAACGGACAAUGUCAGAGUUGAAACCGGGGUACGACAGAAUGAUGAAGUGUCCGUGCACUACGAUCCAAUGAUAGCGAAAUUAGUAGUGUGGGGAAAAGAUAGGAAUGAAGCUCUCAGUGUUCUUAGAUCAAAACUUAAUGAAUAUAAUAUAGCUGGUCUGGAUACUAAUAUAGAAUUCAUCAAAGAUAUUUGUGCUAAUCCCAAAUUUCAAAAUGGAGAAGUACAUACAGGUUUCAUCGAGGAGAAUUUUGAGCAGCUGUUUCCUAAGUUGCAUAUAUCUAACGAAGUAUUAAUUCAAGGUGCUCUUGCCUCGAUACUGUAUGAAGAUAUAGAUUCACUAAGCACAUCUUUAGAAACAAAGAAUCCCUUCAGUCCAUUUGCCGUGGAGAUUGGAUUUAGAUUAAAUCAUGUGUUAAAGCAUACAUUUCAGUUCAAUAUUGAAAACGAGAACAAUAUAGUGGAAGUAAAGUACACAGAGCCGGAUGUAUAUUUAAUGAGAGUUAACAGAUUGGGUCCUUGGAGAAAAGUAAUUGGUACUUUAAAGAGAACAGAUGGUGUCUCAGAGCUCGUUACAGAUAUUGAUGGAAUCAUAUCUAAAGCACGGACAGUGAAACUUAAUGAUAAAUUACACAUAUUUACCAAGGAUCGUGAAUGGCAGCUGGUUAUUCCUGCUCCUAAAUUCAUAACUGCAGUUACAAGUCAAGCAGAACAAAAUUUAUAUACGGCAUUAAGCCCAAUGCCUGGAUUAGUUGAUAAGAUCUUUGUCAGUAAGGGCGACGCGAUAAAGAAAGGCGAUUCGUUGCUUGUUAUUAUCGCUAUGAAAAUGGAACAUAUUAUAAAAGCGUCUACAGAUGGAAUUGUUGAAGAUAUACUGUGCUCUACAGGUGAUAAUGUUGUCAAAAAUAAGCUUCUUGUAAAAUUAACAGAUGCUAAAGUGUAAUAAAUGUAACAUGAAGAGACUGAUACUGUGACAGAUCAAUGUAGAUGUGAAUAUUUUACGGGUAUAAUGGUAUUAUCUUAAUAUAAAAUGGAUAUAAAAUAUUGUUACGUAUGUUUUAAGUGAUGUAUUAUAUAAAAAUAAAA